AGCAAACAGAAUCGUAAAGACACGGUUGAAAUAGUAACAAGAAAAGAAUAGUUUUGUGUCUUAGUUGGAACAUGUUUUUGCUGUAGUAUUUCACAUCAAACAUAAAAAUUCCGCACAAGAAACCAGAAACCCACACGGUUAGUAUUGGUGGAUCAAUGGACAAACAUUAUUAACUUCUUCAUUCACUACUCAUCAAUUCACACAACUUUAUUCCCCGCCUCCAAACAUAUAUAUAAUUAAGACAGUUCUUUCCUUGCACAUUUUCGAUAUGUGCUUUUAGCAGAAUAUUUGCUUUUCUAUAUGAUAUAUCUUUAAAUACAGAAUCCCAUCCUGCUACAAAUUCACACCCACACACCAAAAAUCCUCAUGGCUUUUCCUUCUUUCCCAGAUGUCUUUUCUUGGAUUAGUCAAAACCUUCCACCAAAAUCAGACAACAUUAACUCCAUCAACCUAUGCCCUUCUUCUUCUUCUUCUUCAUCUCAGCCUUCCCUCAAGCUCUCAAUCAAUAACCCUAAUCACAACUCCUGUGUCACCCUCUCCAUAUCUGCAGACUACAACCUCCCUGUCUUCCUCUGGACAUCCAAGAAAAUACUACCAGACGACAACGACAACGACGCACUUCACACCCUCGUUACUAAUUUCAUCGAAGACGUCUUGAAAUACUGCCCGAAUAAAAGCCCACUCCCUGUCAAAAUCCCACAAACAUACUCCGAAAACGACAGCCUGAUGAAAGACAUCUUCAACUUCUCGUUUCUCAGCCUCACUUUCAUCAUCUGCAUCUACGAAGCGCCUACCGAUCUACGCGGGUCGUGUCUGAACACCCUCAGAGACAACUUUGCAUGCCGGAAAUCCAGAGGAGUUUCCAGGCUUCUGAUGAGGGUUUUGGGGUCUAACAUAGAAGAGCAGUGGAUGCGCUCCAUAAAUCUUGCGAUUACUAACUGGAUUACAGAGAUUGAUCGGGCAGCGAAUAAUGUUGCACUGAGAAGGCUGUCUCCAUUGUUUUCCUACUCGUUGUCGACGUUUGGGCUAUGGAAAGUUCAAUUGUACUGUCCGGUGAUGGCCAUGAACGUCGACAAGUGCAGCGGUGGUUCGCCCGACGAUCGUCUGCUGUUUUCUCUUAACUAUCACCAGCUUGAGGGUGUAAUACAGUUGAACUAUAGGGUGGCAGUUCAAGAGAAGUGGAUUGAAGUCAUGGUCAACACAGAUAAUAUAAGGUGCGAUGUCGUCAAGCUCCUGACGGACACUCUCCUCCAAGAACGCGGCGCCGGAACUUCCGAAAAGCACUUCCCGUCACGAAUAUCUCUCCAGAUCACUCCGGCCACCCUGCAGGCCAACGUCAUAAGCAUAUCAGUGAGCAAAUCCUCAGAGAAUCCCCCCCGAGAGAUCGGCCUAGAAAAGGGCGUCGAAGCAUCAUUCCAGCCUCCAAACGCAGUAGGCCUCCACUUCUCAGCCGGCGAGACCGUCACAACCAGCCUCAAGCCCUGGAAGUUCGAGCAAUCCGUCUAUGGGAACACCGCGAUUCUGAACUGGUUUCUGCACGACUCGGUGGACGGGAGAGAGGUGUUCUCGUCAAAGCCGUCCAAGUUUGCGAUGCUUCACCCCAAGGCGUGGUUCAAGAACCGGUACUCGAGCGCGCAGAGGCCGUUCACGAGGCAAGGAGGAGUGAUCUUUGCGGGGGAUGAGUAUGGGGAGAGAGUGAGUUGGAAGGUGGAUAAGGGGUGCAUGGGGAGGAGUAUGGAGUGGGAGAUAAAGGGUUGGAUUUGGUUGACGUAUUGGCCUAAUAAGCACAGGACUUUCUAUACCGAGAGUAGGAGGUUGGAGUUCAGAGAAGUGGUUUGUCUCACUUUGGUUUAGCUUAUCAUGACCACUAACACGGGAAAUUCUGAUCCAAAUCGAGUUGAAAGGUACGUGAACUAAUAAUAUAAUAAGUGCAACAUAUUUAUAGUGCGAUUGAUAUAUAAUUUAAGAAAAAUAUCGAUCAACUAUGUCUAAAAUUUAGGGGUGGUUUACUUUUUAACAUAGGAUAAAUGGUGGGUAGGGGUCAAUUCAUUAUGUGGUUUAAGAUAAAUUAACAAAUUUAAUGAAGUGUAUAUUUCAAUCGGCUGAAUGAUGGAUAAAAAAAAUUGGGUAUUUACUUUGUAGUGUGAUAAACAUUCCAAAUGUGGUCUUUUGUGGGGAAAAAUGCAAAUUUUACCAUGUAAUAUGAGGUGGUAUAAUUAGGUCUUAUAACUAAAAAGUUGGGCAUAUUGAAAUAAAAUUUGCGAAAAUUUGCCAAUUUUAUUUGACAUGAUUUGUACGUAACUCAAAUAAAUUGGGGAAUUCAAUCAAAAUAAUGAUAUGAUUUUAUAAUAGGAUUAAUGUAUUUUAGAUCACGUACAAGUCACAUGAUAUUUUAUGAUGAAAUUAGCAAAUUCCAACCAAUUUUUGUAUGAUCUAAUUGCAAAAAUAGAUUUCAAUAGACCAAGAAUAUUAUCCCAAUACUUGAAGGAGUAAAUUGCAAAUUUUCAAGCCCCAAAUCCAUUCCAUUCCUUAUGUGUAAAUGGGUUUAUGGAACAAGUGAAGUCAGCUGCACGCCACGUGGGGAGAGGGAGUUGUCAGGUUUACGGGUCUUUUGGGCCGAUUGUCCUUAUUGUGUCAUGAUCAUAGGUUGAGUUUAAGGGUGUCUUGAGCCUCCGUCCUCCUUUUUGGACUAUUUGGCUCUUUGGGCUGCUAGAGCAAGUAUAUUAGGUGUUAAGGGUUGGACUGCCACAAAUGUUCUUAUCUUCUUGGAUUGAGCCUCCUCACACAUGCACAUCACAGAUAAAAUAAAAGAGCAUUCGGAAGUGUGAAAAAUAAUUUCAAGUCAAGUAAAUCUAAUCAUUACGUAUAUCCACUUGGAAUUUUGAUAAUAUUAUAUUUCAAUUUUAUGGCAAUAAUUUGAUAUUGAUUGGAAAAAUUCCAUGUGGACUAAAGAGUAUGGAACAUAGUCUUGAAUGAUUUUAAAGUGCGUUUGGAUAAAUUAAUUUUAA